AUGCUCUUGCUGAAAGAUUGAAGAGGGCUGAAGCUGCAAGUAAAAGAUUUGAUGAAGAAUUAAAACGGUAUGCCGCAGAGAAUGUGAUUCGAGAAGAAAUUCACCAGUCACUUGAGGAUGAGGUUCGAAGAUUGACACAAACAGUGGGGCAACCGAAGGUGAAAAGCGAGAAAAGGAAGAGCAGGUUGCUAGGUGUGAAGCAUAUAUUGAUGGCAUGGAAUCAAAGUUGCAGGCGUGCAAGUUUUUUCCUCACUCUACACACUGCCUUUUCUAUUUCAUAAUCAUUAUUGAACUUGUCAUAAUGUGUCUAGUUUGCAUCUGAAUCCAUCAUUUUUGGGCUCUCAUGAAAAGUUGCGACCUUACAAAGUCUAACUCGAAUGAUUUACGUUUCUCAUUUGUGUCUCUUCUUCUGCAGCAAUACAUUCACACCCUUGAAGCCUCACUUCACGAAGAAAUGUCACAGCAUGCCCCGCUCUAUGGUGCUGGUUUGGAAGCUCUGUCCAUGAAAGAGUUGGAAACAUUGUCAAGGAUUCACGAGGAAGGGCUGAGGCAAAUCCACGAUCUCCAGCAGCAUAAAGGAAGUCCAGCAAGUCCGCUUCUGAGUCCGCAGACCAUACCACACAGUCACGGGUUAUACCCUACAACACCACAGUCACCAAUAGAUGUUGGUCUGCCGCCUUCUCUGUUCCCCAAUGGUGUAGGGAUACACAGCAACGGUCAUGUGAACGGUGCCGUUGGGCCUUGGUUUAACCAUGCUUGACAGAGAUGUCCCUUUUUUCGAAAUUCUUUUGGGUCUUCUGUUACUGGUACAUCAGUUGGAUACCAGCUGAGUGGAGAAAGAGACGAUAAGAGAAAGAUAGAUCCGUUUCCCACUUCCGAUAGGACUAACAGUUGGAAAUGCCUUUUACUUAACUCUUUGCUUCAAUUUUCAUAAAAAAAAAGAAGGAAAGGUAA